ACUGUAAGCUCGGCUGGCAUAUUUCCCAACAUCUGAGACUCGGGAAAACACGCAGAAUUGGCUUGAUUUCACCGCUACUAACUCCACUACAUACACCCAAAGAGCCUUGACAAUGUCUAUUGCUGUUUGUGGUGGCGGUAUUGCAGGCCUAAGUGCUGCGUAUUAUUUGGCCCGUUACCUUCCUAAGACACAGAUUGUACUUUUAGAGCAAGGAACCCAUCUAGGUGGAUGGUUGCAAUCUGUUAAGGUUCCAUGCUCAAAGUCACCGACAGGAUCGGUACUGUUUGAAAAGGGUCCUAGAACCCUCCGGCCAAUUGGUCUUCCUGGUCUUGCUACUCUGGAUUUGGUUGCGAAAUUAAAGCUACAGGACAAGAUACUUCCUAUCCUUAAAUCGUCGACGAGUGCUAAGAACAGAUACCUGUACUACCCAGACCGCUUGAACCAUGUUCCUUCCAAUCUUUUUCAGAGCCUCUCAAUGUUUAUGUCACCGGCCUUCAGAAGUAUGCCAUGGGCAAUGCUAAUGGAACCUUUUAGGCGAAAGAAAGCAGACUCUGCGGACGAAAGCGUUUGGUCAUUUGCAAACCGUCGGUUUGGCCCCAAGGUCGCAGAUCGUGUGAUGAGUGCGUUGGUGCACGGAAUUUAUGCAGGUGAUAUUCAUGAAUUGUCCGUCAAAUCGUCUAUGUUUCGCAACAUGUUCAAUGCCGAACAGACGGGAGGAAGUUUAAUCCUCGGUAUGAUACGUGCAAUGUUCAAGGGUGGGUUCCCUUUGACUGCAGAACAAAAGGAAGUAAAGAAUCUGCUUCGAAACACUCCCGAAACUAUGUCUUUAUACCAUCACUUGAAGAGUACUGCCAUCUUCGCUCUUCAGGAUGGCAUCGAAACACUCAGUAAAGCGAUGUACGAUGCUCUGAAAAAAUCUCCUAAUGUUGAGGUUCGCUUGGAGACACCCGUCACAAACAUUGAGCCUUCAUCCGAAAAGUCUGUGCAUGUGAAUGGUGAAGCAUUCUCUAACGUUGUUGUAGCAAUGUCUUCACGCCAGCUUGAAAAGGUGGCCUCGGCCCCUGCAAUGGGAACCCCGACAUCUUCCGUGUACCUUGUGAACGUAUAUUACAAGGACCCUAAGGUUCUUCCCGUCUCGGCCUUUGGUUAUCUCGUCCCCUCUGCCACGCCCAACAAUCCCCACAAGGUUUUGGGUGUAGUUUUCGACAGUGACCAAAGCAAUCCCGAACAGGGCACGAAGCUGACUGUUAUGAUGGGAGGUCGUUCCUAUACCAAGGAUCCAACUCUUAUUCCUUCAUCACCUGAGAAAGCUACUGAGGCCGCUCUUGAUGCAUUGAAGCAGCAACUGAACAUCACAGCUACUCCCGACUUGACGUUGGCAACGUUACAGCGUGAUUGCAUUCCUCAAUAUGCCGUUGGCCACGAGGAAAAGCUUAAUCAGCUGAACGAAUGGAACAACAAAAAGAUGAAUGGUUGCUUAAAGUUCACUGGCAGUUGGUACAAUGGCGUCGCUAUUACAGACUGUAUUUUGAAUGGUCAUAUUGUUGCUCGUGAUCUUGCGAAAAUUCAUUCUUAAAUAAAUCUGGGCACUCACGUGUCUGCAGAUACGACGUUUAUGUUCUAGUAAUUAAAGAAGUUAAUGCUUAUUUACAUACAUCUUUAUUAAUCCAUACAGUCCUCAUUGAAACAUGAAAGAUAUUAUUUUUUUUU